CGCUGGGGAUUGUGGGUUUACAUGGCGGCACCCUUCGGAGUCAUUUUGGAUUCUAGACAGUGUUCUGAUUAAUAGGAAAUUGUAGGAUGCUGUACAUGCGCUAAACAUGUGGAAUCAGGUUCGCAAACUGCAAAAGAAUAGGACCGUGAGAUAUGGCAUUCCGAUGCUGCUGCUGAUCGUGGGAGGGUCGUUUGGAUUGAGAGAAUUCACACAGAUUCGAUAUGAUGCACAGAAGAUAAGAAAAAAGCUGGAUCCUGCACUGGAAGCCAGAGUGAAUUCUCAAAAACAGUCUGUCAUCCUUGAAGAAGAGUAUGAGAAACUGAAGGAUCUGAAAUUGGAGGGAUGGAAGAACAUUCGUGGCCCACGUCCCUGGGAGGAUUCCAAAGAGUACCAGGAGCAACAGCGAGCUCGGUUUAAUAAAGGCACAUAGAACUAUAAAAAUGGUCUCCCCCCACUGGCGUACAGGUGUAAGACAUUCAUCAAAUUUGUUGAGUGUGUUUAAGUUAUGUUAAAAAGUGAAGUGUGUAAUUUGCCUUCUCCCUUCCUGGCAAAAUAUGAAAACUAUAAAUAAGCCAUUUGUAGAUUGACUUUCUCAAAAAGGUUGAAUAAUGUGCCUCUUAGAUUACUGUAGAUUAUAAACUAAUGUUGAGAAAUGAAUGAGGUUUUAUGAAUGAAAUUUAAACAUAAAUCUGGUCUUUCACUCAUGUAUAUUGUGCAGUGUGCCAAGUGGCUAUGUUUGGAAUAGCAUUCUACACAUAUAGGCUGCAGUAAGAGUAGUAUGGAAGUAUACUAUUCAAAAUAUAGUUUGUGUGGAUGAGGCGCAUUUAAAGGGAUAGUUCGCCCCAAAAUGAAAUGAAUCUCCACUUUAACUCAGAUGGGAAAGUGAAACUAAACGGGCACCAUAUGUGACUUUUAGAUGUGAAAGUGGAGCUUUAGAUUAAAAAAUAAAUAAAUAUUUAUCUGUUUCUCACCAACACAUAUCAUAUCGCUUCUGAAGAUUUGGCUUUAACCACGGAAAACUUAAGACUGAAGAUUUCUUUUAUGCUGUAUUUGUGAUUUUUGGACCUUAAAAGGUUUGGUAACCAUUCACUUGCAUUGUAUGAAUCUACAGAUUUGAGAUAUUAUUCUAAAAAUCUUUGUUUGUGUUCUGCUGAAAAAAGAAAGUCAUACACAUCUGGAAUGGAGUAAAUUAUGAGAAUUUUCAUUUUUGGGUGCACUAUCCCUUUAAUGCAAGUUAGUGUUGAUAUGUUUUAUGUGAACUUUUUGUCAUGACACACACACACACCUCCUUCCUAAAUGAAAAAAUGCUACAAUACACCAUGCUGAAACACUAAUGCUAAUUCAUUGGCUGUGUGUAAAAAUUUCACCUACCACUGCUUUAAUCAAUGCUACACCCAUGGCUGUGUGAUUUAAAGGGUUUGAGCUCUAGGAUACACUGUUUCCAACUGUGAAGCUGCAGACUGCCUUGAUUCAGUCCUGGAGUGCACGUGCAUUACUGACAGGAAGAGGGCACAAACCGCCACUCUCAGGCUAAUGUUAACACCAGCACUGACUCAUCUGUGUGAUGUGAAGCUUUUGUUCCGAGGCACAUUUUAACAAGCCCCUGCUGACUCUCACUCCCUUGUCACUCUCCUGCUGGAAAUUCCAGCACUGUCAUAUCAUGUGUUCUGUCACUUAAAUUGCUCAAGUGGGAAUGACCCUGCAGGGCUGAAAGGGGACAUGUCAACAAAACUGGCUUCAGGAGUCCAGAUAUCAUCAGGGACAUCAUUCACAUCCACUACUGUGUCCAGUUCAAAUAAAACCGAUUGGACAGGGAAAGCCUUGUUAAUUUAUCACAAGUAAAAAGUGCUUUAAUUCCCAUGAAUUUUCUCCCAAGUUGUCGUAUUAGUGUUGGUUGGAUGUGUUCAGUAUAUUAUUAAUUUGUCAGUAUUUAAUUAUUAAUUUGAGGUCUUAAUUUAGUAGUAUAAUGAAGUGUUUGUUUUGUAGUUUUGAAGUGUUUUCCAUGUUAUAGGCUUUGUACAAGGCACAAUACCACAGCUGAAUAAUAUUACUGGACAGAUUUCAUUGAAAUGGGUAUCCUGAGAAAUCACACUGUCUUUUUGACAGCUGAAGACUCCGUAAACAGCAAAAAAAUAGUCAAGGGAACAGCUUACACUUUUAUAGCCAACAGCUAAAAUACAGUACCCCGGUAAAGGUAAAGUUUCCUAAUGUGCAGCCCCUUAGAGGACAGGGAGGGACUUUAUUUUCUCUUGCAAUAUCUUUAUCCAUCCCAUAUGAAUGUUAACCAAGAUUUUACUGCAGUAUCCAUAUUUUAACCACAACAUUCAUGAUGAAAUCUUAGAAAUAAUACAGGAAAACAAAAAAUAUGAUAAAAAUCAUAAUCAUUCUGCAAUAAAUAAAAAUAAAAUAGUAACAUAAUAGUUUAUUUAUGGUACAGGUAUCUUAUCACUAAUCAUUGCUUUUUAGAAGAAAAAACACACUUUAAAAUCAUUACCAUAACCACUGUGUCAGACUUACUUUAGUAAAACUGUAGUAUCAAUGUUUUUGGCAGAAUGAUUAUUUGGAAAAAUGAUUUUUAUUUCCAUAGUUUUGGUUUUCCAUUAAUGUGACUUGUUUUACUAUGAAUAGCAUAGUUCAAGAACGGCUGUCGGGGGCCUGGGUAGCUCAACAAGUAAAGAAGCUGACUACCACACGUGGAGUCACAUGUUCGAAUCCAGGGUGUGCUGAGUGAAUCCAGUCAGGUUCCUAAGCAACCAAUUGGCCCGGUUGCUAGGGUGGGCAGACUCACAUUGGGUUAACCUCAUUGUGGGCUAUAAUGUGGUUCUUGGUGGGGCAUGUGGUGAGUUGUGCGUGGAUGCUGCAUAGAAUGGCAUGAAGCCUCCCCAUGCACUAGGUCACCGCGGUAACACGCUCAACAAGCCACGUGAUAAGAUGCGCAGAUUGGCGGUAUCGGAUGCAGAGGCAACUGAGAUUUGUCCUCCACCUCCCAGAUUGAGGCGAGUCGAGUCACUACGCCACCAUGAGGACUUAGAGCACAUUGGGAAUUGGGCAUUCAAAUUGGAGAGAAAAGGGGAGAAAAAAGAAUGGUUGCAGUAGUAAAACCACGGUUAACGGAAUAUUCCAGGUUCAUUAGAAGCUCAAUCGAUUUAUGCAUUUAUGCAAAAUUUCAACUCGUCCCUCAUUUUCUUAUAAAAAUAAUAGCAGAAAUCGAUGUUACAGUGAGGCACUUACAAUGGAAUUCAAUGGGGGCCAAUUUUUGGAGAGUUUAAAGGCAGAAAUGUGAAUUUGUAUGAUUUGUAUUUUUUUUUUUUUAAAUAGGGAUAAGUCGAAAUUUGUUUUUGUGGUAAUCAAUACUAUGCCAGAAAUGCUGUCAAUCGAGCUUAACUGCUUUUGAACCCAGAAUAUUUGUUUAAUUUUCAUAAAUGAUUGAAACCAGUUGCGAGGGAAUUUAAAUUAUUGCAAGGGAAAGCAAAACUCUCUCUCUCUGUCUCUCUCUCUAUAUAUAAAAUAAUACAUUUCCUCCAUGUUCUGUAAGGGGCUCUGUAGUAGUGCUUAAUUUCUCCACCAUUAAACGGAAUUGCACAAAUAAGCAUGUUGCCUGAACACUACCCCGUAUCCCAUAGGUAGAAAAAAAAAGAUAGUUCUCCUGCCCCAAACUCAUGCCAUAGAUUGAGCCAGUGUUGCUUCAAAUAAAGGCCAAUGUUUUUAUUAAUAGUGCCAAAGAGGGGGAAGAUUAAGGACAAGAUCCUUAACCAUAAGAUUAACAACCCACCAGCAGAUUUAUGUGGAAAACUUUCUUUACUGCAGUGUGAGGAAGCCUUUUCUGACUGAAACACUGAGCAGUACAUGUGAUACAAAGGGUUGCACUUGGAUUUUGAAUGAAGAGUUAUACCCUGUUUGGUGUUAGUAAAAAUUUGUAUUUUUAGUUUUCAUUGCAGAGAUCAGAUGAACAUUAGAGACUAAUUCAUUCCACUCUCACUACCGCAGCGCAACAUGAAUGUCUUGGAUUUUUUUAAUGUAUUAUGUUGCCUGCUGGGCUUGUGUAUGUGUGAGUGUUUGUGCUUUUAAAAUUAGAUUUGCAGAUUAAAUCUUUAAAACAAAGGUUUUAGAAAUCUGACUUAUGCAUGUUGCAUUGUCUUGCUUCUCUCACAAAUGCAAAGUGGAAAACCCUGCAGGACUGGACAGACUCUUCCCCCCAAUUCUGACAGAAUAUUUUGUCACCUCAUUUCACCUCUUAAAGUUCACUAGAAUAAUAGUAACUUAAUUUACAAUUUCCAAAGAAAUUGAUUGCCCAUGCAAAGCAUACAGCAACAAUGCUAAGGUGUUCGGGGUGAUUGCUCAGUGGUUGCUUAUUGACACGUGUAUUGACCCAAGUCUAAAGAAUCCAUCCCCAAGAUUUGAUAGAUAGACAGACAGACAGACAGACAGAUUUAAAGUAGAUUAAAGGCCUUGAGUGGGUUUGUUUACAUUUGAAUUUUUAUUUUUACAGUAGGAGUUUGAAUAGUCUUGGCCUGUUUGAUAUUUAAUCAACUGCUGUGCAAUAACAGUAAUUUUGAUCUAGAGAAGGCAUAGCAACCUGAGUCAGAACAUUCUGAAGGUCUGUGCCGAGUUUGGUGGAUGUAGCUUGAAAUUUUUGGAGAAGUUACCAUUGGAAUUUUGGAAAAACCAUGUCUGUGCAGCAUAACAGUAACUCACAAACUUUCUCCUGCAAGUAAACAUGCCUAAAUGUGGCAUUUAAGUGAAGGUUAAUGUAUUGUUUGCCGGUCAAUAUCACACAAUAAACUUAGUUAAAGGUUAAAACUAAGUGACUGGCUGACAGUACAUUAUCCCGCUUUUUACAUCCCACUACUUACCAAAAUAACAAAAAGGACAUUAAAUAUUAAUUUGUUAUUUUGAAUAUAAUUAUUUAAUUUUGUGAAAAAGAGACUAUGGUAUAGUCUUUAUAGAAUACGAGAGACAUAAAUCUAGAACAGCUAUGAAAAAUUGGGUGACUGUCUGGGUUAAUUGCUAAGCGAUAAUUAUACAGAAAUAUAUGACCACAGAUUGUGACUGACCAAUCAGAAUCAAGGAUUCAAGGGAGUCAUAUACUUGGCAUGUACAGUGUGUUUGCAAUGGAGUGUGUUUAAAGGCAUUUCAUAUUUGUGAGUGUGGUGGUUUGGGAGUCCCUCACACGUGUGCUUCAAUUUUUCAUCACAAACUGCAAGAAAACUGCAUCAAUUAUAUAUCACAGCACUAAGAAAAGAAAAAAUCAAAUUCAAUAUUUACUGCGUACUUCCUGAGCUGGCAAAUCACAGGGUAGAUAGGAGAGAAAGGUGUGUGUGUGUGUAGGUUACACAAGGGGCCAUAUUGUGAAAAUCAACGUUUAGAGAAACCGUUCAAGAACACCCCCGCCCCAUGAACUCUUAGUCUUGUAAUGAUAUUUUAGAAAUUGUACCAUGAAAUUAACAUGACACGCACAGCUCCAAACUGUUGAGCAAGACAUCGGCAUGAUACAUCAGUAUCUGCCUACUGUCACACACACACACACACACACACACACACACACACACACACACAUAAACAAAAAAAUGAUACUCAAACUGCACCAUUAGUGACUGCUAACCCUUUUUGUGUGUGUGUAUUGCCGUAUAUGCGUUGCUUUUUGUUUUUCUUUGUCAUAAUUCCCUGUUCUAUAAAUAUCCUGAUGCUCUGCAGCAGAAGGACUGUUCAUGCGGAAAGUACACACACAUACACACCCUCUGUCAGAACUACUACACAGUACACACACAAAUGCAUGAUCUCAUGGACACAAUUUCGUAUUCAUUCAUACUUCAGCAUGCACACUCACACUGUGUGAGAGAGAGAGAGAGAGAGAGAGAGAGCUUAAAUUGAAUUUAUAUCACAAUGUGGUGAUAUGGUAAAAUAAAUAAUAAUGGUAAUUUAUAUAUUAUUGUUAUUUAUAUAUUACUAAUAAUGAUAUUAUAUACUGUCAAAGUUAUUGGACAAAAUUUAUUUAGCUUUCGUUUUAUUUAUUC